AUGGAACAGCAGUUUGAUGUCGCAGUUGUGGGACUGGGUGUCCUUGGAAGCGGAGCGGCGUACUACGCUGCCCGAAAGGGUGCCAAAGUGAUUGCAUUCGAGCAAUUCGAACUAGGCCAUGUACGCGGAGCUUCCCAUGAUACUUCUCGCAUCGUCCGCACCUCGAAUUUUGCACCCGAAUAUGUAGCACUAGCCAAAUCAGCAUACAAGGACUGGGCCGAGCUUGAGAAAAUUUCCGGUUAUAAAAUGUUAACGACUACCGGCGGCGUUGUCUUCUUCACCUCAGAAUCACAGACACUAGCCAGCGACUUUACGAGAAGCCUGGAUGCUCAAAACAUUCCGUACGAACUCCUUGAUGCCCUGGAGGUGAAGAGGAGGUGGCCUCAGUUCAAUAUUCCUAAUAGCGUGUCGACAGUCUUCACGGCUGAUUCCGGUAUCGCUCAUGCUGCUAAGACAGUCAGCACUCUGCAAUCUCUGGCGUGUGCCCACGGGGCAAUUCUAAAGGAUCAGACUUCAGUGGAUCGUGUCACGCCUCAGGCCUCGGGCGGUGUCUUGAUCGACACGUCAAAGGGACAAUUCCAAGCGGCCAAGGUGAUCCUUGCAACUGAUGCCUGGAUUAACAAACUUCUUGCUCCCCUUUCUGUGCACAUUCCAGUGUCCGUGAUGCAGGAGCAGGUGACAUACUAUAAGCCCACCGAUGCGGCUGCUUUUAACACCGACCGUUUCCCUGUGUGGAUCUGGCAAGGCGCCGAGUGUUUCUACGGAUUUCCGUGUUACGGCGAGCCGACCAUCAAGGCUGGCCGGGAUUAUUCCAACAAUAUUAUGACACCAGAGCAACGAACAUUCGUGCACUCGCCACAACUGCUUGAGCAACUGACAUCUUUUAUGAAGGGUUUCAUCCCUGACAAUGACCGUCAACCGCUUCGCACGGUAACUUGUCAAUAUACAAUCACGCCUAAUCGACACUUCAUCAUCAGCCCGUUAGAAAACUAUCCCGACAUCAUUGUUGGCUUGGGUGCUGCCCACGCUUUCAAGUUUGCGCCUGCUUUCGGUCGUGUUCUCGCGGAGCUGGCAAUCGAUGGCUGGACUAAUGAAGAUAUUUCGAAGUGGGGAAUUCCGAAGGCCGCUCCUUGCGGCAGCAAGCUUUGA